UGUUUCUCUCGCGAGAUCUGACAACACCGGGCGUAAACAAAGCAGGACGAGGAAAAAAGCAAGAUGGCGGUUGCUGGAAAAGGAAUACUUGUCUGUAGUCAAUAUUGUUUAGUUUGUGUGUCUGUGCGUAUAUAUGUCGUGUAAUGGAGUAGACGACGUUAAUGAUUGUUUGAAUCCGAAUGCAUUAGUAUGCGCGCGUUGAUAGCUGUCUUGCCAGCUUAGCUUGUUAGCUGCUCACAAAGGUGAGGCGGAGGUUAUCGACACAUCGCUAAGUAGAGAUCAAAUGUGAGUGUAAAGUGUUGUGAUUGUGUGAAAAUGUGCGAAAGAACGAUAGCAAAGUAUGAGGAGGAACUUUGUCCAACCAAAGAGGAGAAUGAGCGACAACAUCAACUAGUGGACGCUGUUUUCAAGAAACAUCAAGUUGUGUUACACAGAACAGAGGAAGAGGAGGACGCACAGCUCGCCCACGUUAAAGCUGAAGAGGAGGAACUGUGCAUCACUCAGGAGGGAGAGUGUCUUCUAGGGCAGGAGGAGGCUGAUGUCAGCAAGUUUCCACUGACUGUUGUCUCUGUGAAGACUGAAGAGCAUGAAGACAAACCACCUGAGUCCUCACAGCUUCAUCGCAGUCCAAGUUGUGGGCCCAAGGAAGAGUUUACGAGUCCAUGGAACCGCUUGUGUUUUGACGGAGAUGAAAACAAUUAUGAACUGUGGGAAACCAAAUUUCUGGCGCAUCUGCAUCUCCUGGACCUAAAAAGCACCAUACCGGGCGAACCGCCCGGUAAAGACGAUGACGGUGUGGAGGAAGAUGGCAACAAAAAUGAAGAGGCGUACGCCGUUCUAGUUCAGCUGUUGGACGAUAAAAGUUUGUCCCUCGUAAUGAGAGAUGCAGCGGAUGAUGGCAGGAAGGCUCUGCGAAUCUUGAGAGACCAUUACGCUGGCAAGGACAAGCCAUGUGUAGUUAGUUUGUACACGGAAUUGACGUCGCUUCAAAAAGGAGCGAGCGAGAGCGUCGCGGAUUACAUCCUCCGUGCAGAGGCCGCUGUCACGGCACUGCGGAACGCAGGACAGACUUUGCGUGACGGCCUACUCACCGCGGUUUUAUUAAAGGGCCUGCCUGAUGUUUUCAAACCGUUCUCUGUUCACGUGACACAGAGGGAUGACAAUUUAACAUUUGCAGAGCUUAAAACCAAGCUCGGGAGCUACGAGAGUGCUGAAAAGUUUGGGGCUGCCGACUCUGGAGAGGACAGGAGGGUGAAAGUGGAAGAGGAGGACCACACGUUGGCGUGCAAGGUGGAGCAGGCGGAGCCAAGUUUUGAACCCCAGAGUCAGAUACCGGAGCUGGCUGAUGGAGGGAGGGACAGCGGGGCCGUGCGCCUGAACGAGGAAUUGAACGUCCAAUCGUUUUCCCAGGACAUCUUCACGGUCCGAGCUGAGACUGCGCAAGAAGCAACAGUCCUCUUCGUAGAAGGACAGGACUGUCUCACCCCCAAAAAUGACGUCCAGCAGCUGAUUGGUCAUCAAGAAAAGCCUCCUCCUCAAUUGCUGGAGCUGAAGCAGGAGGAUCCACAGCCCCCCCACAUUAAAGAGGAAAAGGAGGAACUGUGGAUACCUCAGGAAGGAGAGUGUCUUCUCGGGCAGGAGGAAGCUGAUCUUAAGUUUCCACUGACUGUUGUCUCUGUGAAGACUGAAGAGCAUGAAGACAAACCACCUGAGUCCUCACAGCUUCAUCACAGUCCAGGUGAGGAGAAGAGAGAGGCGGAGCCUCCAAGCAGCAGCUCAACACAACACAUGACAACAGAAGCUGAUGGAGACCACUGUGGAGGAUCACAAGCAGACAAGCUCUUAGCUCCACUAUCAGAUAGUGACGACACAACGUCACACGAUAAUGCAAGUAUGGAAUCAAACGUGAGAACAAACGCAGGAGAAAAAACCUUCAUUUGUUCCGUUUGCGCAAAAAGCUUUGGUGAAAACUUCAAGUUGAUUCGACACAUGCGGACGCACACGGGAGAAAAACCUUUCAUUUGCUCAAACUGCGGGAAAAAGUUCAGUCGAAAGGAAACCAUGCUUUCACACAUGAAAGUACACACAGGGGAAAACCUCUACAGUUGUUCAGUGUGUGCAAAAGGCUUCGUUCGAAACUCUAAUUUGGCCCAACACAUGAAAACGCACACGGGAGAAAGACCUUUCAGUUGUUCAUUGUGUGACAAAAGUUUUGCCGUCAAAAGUAAAAUGCAAAUACACAUGAGAACGCACACCGGAGAAAAACCUUUCAGUUGUUCAGAGUGCGGCAACAGAUUCUCUAACAAAAGCAACAUGCAAAUACACAUGAGAACACACACAGGAGAAACACUUUUCAGUUGUCCUCUUUGUGACAAACGAUUCUCCGUCAAAAGUAACAUGCAAACACACCUGAGAACACACGCAAGACAAUAACUUCAUUUUUUGAAAGUCCUCUGCAAAGUGACUGUCUGUCUACUCUAAAGACAAGACUGUCAGUCCACCUUGUGUUACAAAACCCUAUUAAGCUUGAAAUAGUCAUUAAAGGCCUACUGAAAUGAAUGUUUUUUAUUUAAACGGGGAUAGCAGAUCCAUUCUAUGUGUCAUAUUUGAUCAUUUCGCGAUAUUGCCAUAUUUUUGCUGAAAGGAUUUAGUAGAGAACAUCUACGAUAAAGUUCGCAACUUUUGGUUGCUGAUAAAAAAAGCCUUGCCUGUACCGGAAGUAGUGUGACGUUGCAGGCUGAAAGGCUCCUCACAUUUCCCCAUUGUUUACACCAGCAGCGAGAGCGAUUCGGACCGAGAAAGCGACGAUUACCCCAUUAAUUUGAGCCAGGAUGAAAGAUUCGUGGAUGAGGAACGUGAGAGUGAAGGACUAGAGUGCAGUGCAGGACGUAUCUUUUUUCGCUCUGACCGUAACUUAGGUACAAGCUGGCUCAUUGGAUUCCACACUUUCUCCUUUUUCUAUUGUGGAUCACGGAUUUGUAUUUUAAACCACCUCGGAUACUAUAUCCUCUUGAAAAUGAGAGUCGAGCACGCGAAAUGGACAUUCACAGUGACUUUUAUCUCCACGACAAUACAUUGGCGAAGCACCUUAGCUACGGAGCUAACGUGAUAGCAUGCAGAUAGAAACAAAAGAAAUAAACCCCUGACUGGAAGGAUAGACAGAAGAUCAACAAUACUAUUAAACCAUGGACAUGUAACUACACGGUUAAUGCUUUCCAGCCUGGCGAAGCCUAGCAAUGCUGUUGCUAACGACACCAUUGAAGCUAACUUAGCAACAGGACCUCACAGAGCUAUGCUAAAAACAUUAGCUUUCCACCUACGCCAGCCCUCAUCUGCUCAUCAACACCCGUGCUCACCUGCGUUCCAGCGAUCGACGGAGCGACGAUCAUAGAUGCGGUCGGCGGCCCGUAGACGGAGGAAGUCAAGGUGAGGUCGGCGGCUAGCGCGUCUGCUAUCCAUCUCAAAGUCCUCCUGGUAACUUUCUUCUUUGCAGUCUCCAUUGUUCAUUAAACAAAUUGCAAAAGAUUCGACAACACAGAUGUCCAGAAUACUGUGGAAUUUUGAGAUGAAAACAGAGCUUUUUGUAUUGGAUUCAAUGUGUCCGAAUACUUCCGUUUCAACCAUUGACGCCACGCGCAUACGUCAUCAUACAAAGACGUUUUCAACCGGAAGUUUUGCAGGAAAUUUAAAAUUGCACUUUAUAAGUUAACCCGGCCGUAUUGGCAUGUGUUGCAAUGUUAAGAUUUCAUUAUUGAUGUAUAAACUAUCAGACUGCGUGGUCGGUAGUAGUGGCUUUCAGUAGGCCUUCAAGGUACUGCUUAAGAAAUAAAUCAAUAAAUGGUUUGUAAUGUUAAACUAUUUUUAAAUAUGAUUAAUAAUUGAGAUAAAAACAUUUCCACAUAAAAGUGUUGAAAUACUUUUACAGGAAUACCGUAUUUUUCGGACUAUGAGUCGCAGUUUUUUUCAUAGUUUGGCCGGGGGUGCGACUUAUGUGUGAAAUUAUUAACACAUUAGCGUAAAAUAUCAAAUAAUAUUAUUUAUCUCAUUCACGUAAGAGACUAGACGUAUAAGAUUUCAUGGGAUUUAGCGAUUAGGAGUGACAGAUUGUUUGGUAAACGUAUAGCAUGUUCUAUAUGUUAUAGUUAUUUGAAUGACUCUUACCAUAAUAUGUUACGUUAACAUACCAGUUGGUUAUUUAUGCCUCAUAUAACGUACACUUAUUCAGCCUGUUGUUCACUAUUCUUUAUUUAUUUUAAACUGCCUUUCAAAUGUCUAUUCUUGGUGUUGGCUUUUAUCAAAUACAUGUCCCCCCAAAAAUGAGACUUAUACUCCAGUGCGACUUAUAUAUGUUUUUUCCCUUCUUUAUUAUGCAUUUUCGGCCGGUGCGACUUAUAAUCCUGGGCGACUUAUACUCCAAAAAAUACGGUAAUUGUGUAAUCAGCCUGACCUAAGCCUUGAAUGAUAAUAUUUGUAUUCUCCCGAAAUGGGGGAACGUAGUUCAAAUUAGUUUAACGAACAAGCAGACAAAUAUGUGAAGCGAGCAAUAAUAACACUUAAUUGUCAAAUGAGUAAAUCAGAAGUCAAGUAAUUGAUUAUGAAAUACGUGAUGAAGAUGUGGGUCGGGGAAAUGUGACAAACGUAAUAAUCCUGCAACAGUACACUGCAAAAACUGAAAUCUAAGUAAGAUUAAAUAUCUCAAAUAAGGGUGAUAUUUGCUUAUUUUCUGUCUGAUAAGAUCAUUCUUCUCACUAAGCAGAUUUUAUGUUAGAGUGUUUUACUUGUUUUAAGUGUUUUGGUCCUAAAUGAUCUCAGUAAGAUAUUACAGCUUGUUGCUGAGAUUUGAUGACCUAUAUUGAGUAAAACAUGCUUGAAACUAGAAUAUCAACUGUUGCAAAGCUGUGUCAUCAACACUCACAAGUAUAAAAACUUUUUUAAAGUAUUAAUUUCUUACUUUAUUCAUGAAAAAAAAAAAAUAUGAUGCCGAGCGAUAUCAUUAUGUCAAGAUAAUGGCACUAGCAUUUACUUAUUUUUACUUAUAUUUUUCAACAUGUUGAGCAAAAAGGUCUCCUUUUUUCUACCAAGAAAAGUGCACUUGUUAUUAGUGAGAAUAUACUUAUUUUAAGGUAUUUUUGGGUUCAUUGAAGUUAGCUAAUUUUACUUGUUUUGGAAAGUCUUGACAAGCCGAAUUGUCUUGUUCUAUUGGCAGACAAUUUUGCUUAGUUCAAAUAAAAUACCCCUAAUUUUUGUAAUUUUUUUUCUUGUUUUUUAACACUGACUUUUUGCAGUGUAGAUAAUGUAUCUUAUAUUGUACUAAAUGCAAAAGAGAACGAAUCAGAAUAAAGCAGAAAAUGGAAGACAUGGGAGAAACGUUCGGACUUAAAAACAAACUGAGCAAAACAUGAUAUUAAAUUAUUUUUUAAAACAUUAUUUUGAGUAUUAUCGUUAAUGUUUAUUGAGUGAG